AAGUGUGAAGGACAGAUUCCAUCAAAGGUCUGUGCUGCCUCAGUGCCAUUUCCUGAUCCUGAAACAGCUCAGGUCCUGUGUAGGAACCCAGUGCCCUUAACUUUACCCAGGGCAAGCAGAUCUAUAGUGUAGCAAACACCCCGUCAAUUAUUAACAGACCAGUGCUCUCAUUCCCCCGAGGUAACCAUAGCACCCAGCAGGCUGAAACUCAGCCAACAGUUGGGGACCUGCUGCAGCUGCCUUGUGGGAAAGACUACAAGUUAACCAAGACACAAACAUACCACUGACAGUGAGAGCAAGUGGACCUUUUUGACUCUAUGAACCCACCGGGAAGGGAAUAACACAGGUCGUUACUCUGGAGUGAUGGACACAUACCCUGUCUGUGGGGAGCAGAGGAAUGUCAUUGUCUUACUUGUUUUUUCAUUUUCUAGAUUUUAAGUUGAGUACGCCUCUUUUUGUGGAUUGUUUUUUUUUGUUUGUUUUGUUUGUUUUUUGUUGUUUUGCGAACUUGGACACCUGCAUGAAACAGCCGUGUGUGGCUGACAUACAGAAUGCAGUCAGACUGAAGCGACUGUAUUAGUGUUUUCUUUUUUCUUUUUUAACAUAAUAUCAUCAUGAAUCUGACGCAGCGAAUGAAACUACUGAAGCACUUUGGCUCUGUGCCCCCGGAACCUAAACCACCGCUGCUGGUGGUGCCUAAACCAGGCAUGGAGGAGCUCACAAUAUGGGAACAACAUACGAUAACAUUGAACAAAGAUUCCAAACUAGGGUUUGGCUUUGCCAUAUCAGGAGGCAAGGACAAGCCUAACCCAGACAAUGGGGAUACUGCUGUGGUGGUGUCAGAUGUGCUGCCAAAUGGACCAGCUAUGGGACGCCUGUUCACCAAAGACCAAAUUGUGAUGGUCAAUGGAGUGUCCAUGGAGAACGUCCACUCAAACUACACCAUUCAGACCCUCAAGUCAUGUGGCAAGAUUGCAAACGUUACUUUGAAACGCCCUCGCAAGAUCCAGAUCCCAGCGACCUCCAGGCCGACUCGGGCCGCCUCACAUUCCAACCUGCUGGACCAGGACCCCCCCAGACGAACACGACGCUACUCCGAUGGCAGCGACAACCGAGACAGCAACCGCUACAAUUCCCGUGCCCAGAGCAACUCACCCGACCGCAACGGGCAUGGAAACACACUGCCAUUGAUGUCAUCGGGGUACAAGAGGCUACCAUAUCAGGAUGUACCAGAGAAACCCAUCAAAACCACACUAAUUAAAAAGAGAGUUACAGAUGAGUACGGAUUGAAGCUUGGCAGCCAGAUCUUCAUCAAGCACAUGACAGAAACAGGUCUGGCUGCGAGGGAAGGAACUCUGCAGGAGGGAGACCUCAUUCUUAAGAUCAAUGGCAUGACGACAGAGAAUCUCUCCCUGCUGGAAACCAAGCACCUGGUGGAGAAGAGCAGGGGCAAACUGACCAUGACGGUCCUCAGGGACAACCGCAAGUUCCUGGUCAGCAUCCCAGAGGUGGAGGACAGCGCCCCCAACAGUGAGGACGACCACCGCAGAGACAGCAGCUCUGAACUGGAGGACAUUUCAGACAUUGAUGAAGACAUCCCCACCCACAGAACAUCCCGUCAACCCAAUAGAGAGAAACGGACACGCAGAACAAGAGCUGAACCUCCUCCACCAGCCAAGUCUCGGGACUCAUCACCAGUGCGCUCCACCCUGACUCGGCCUCCUGCAAGAACCUACGCCCCUCGCAGAGCUCCAUCUGAGUCGGAGUCAGACCACAGUGCCUCCCCUCCUCCUGUCAGGAGAAACAGUCCGGACAUUAGGGAUCAAUCCAGCAAGUACAAAGCUCUGUCUGGUAUGUCCGCCAUCCCCAACCCCCGGUCCUCUCCUGCUGUCCCCAACUGGUCCACCUCUCUCCCCACCUCCUCCACCUCACGACCUCGUAAACCGGUGUCCGAGUCAGACUCUGACCAUAGCGCAUCCCCUCCACCCCGCAGAGAGAGCCCCCGCCCAGACAGCAGAUACAAAGUCCUUCCUGAUCUGCCCCACACAGGGCUGAGAGGCUCCCCCAUCACUAUUCGUUCAGAGCCACCAAGGAGGGUCAACUCUCCAGUCAGAGUCCCACCCCCUGACUCUGAGUCGGAGUCGGACGGCAGCUCGGCGCCUCCUCAGAGGCAUAGCACCACUUAUAGUCAGGACUCCCUCAGCAGAUACAGAGUCCUGCCAAGUGUUUCCGUGGAGUCUCCACGAUGGAGCGUCCCCAGUGCUGCCGCCAGUAGUCCGCCACAGAAAGCUCGGUCAGAGUCCGACUCUGAGGCCAGUUACGCAUCUGUUCCUCGCAAGAACUCGACAGACAGCACAAACUCCAACACGGCUAAAAACCGAUACAGAGUCCUGCCUGAGGCAAAAAGCACUUCAGUUGAUAUGAUGCAGGAGCCUCCUCGUCGCGCUCCGUCGCCCACCAGACCACCUCCUGAUGAUUCCUCGGACUCAGACGAGCUGUCACAUCUCAGGAGGUCUGGGAGCUCUGAAAGGGGGCAGAGCCACCGCAGCAUCCCUCAUGCUGCUAAUGGAACUGUUACUGUCAGGUCUGGGAUUUCCGUGAAGAGCAACCCACCACUCUACUCUAAGCCUGCUGAAGAGCCCAUCUACUCCCUGCCUCCAGAUUCUUACCCAUCACCUAAUCCGGGGUACAGCUCAGACGUUCACACGGUGUCAUUCGUGAAGGACGCCAGCGUCGGCCUGAGGCUCGUUGGAGGAAACGAUGUCGGUAUAUUUGUUGGUGGAGUCCAGCCAAACAGCCCUGCGUAUGAACAGGGAAUGAAAGAGGGAGACCAGAUCAUGCAGGUAAAUAAAGUCGAUUUUGGUCAAUUCACCAGAGAGGAAGCAGCCAACUUCCUCCUGGACAUCAAGAAAGGAGAGCAGAUUCAAAUCUGCACUCAGCACAAGAUGGACAUUUAUAAGAGGAUCAUCAAGUCCAACCUGGGGGACAACUUCUACAUCCGCACCCACUUUGACCAUGAGGCAGACACCCCCAUCGGCCUGAGCUUCACCCGUGGAGAGGUGUUCAGGGUGGUGGACACGAUGCAUCGCGGGAAGCUGGGCAACUGGCUGGCCAUCCGCAUGGGGAACGACCUGCACGAGAUGGAUAAAGGCACCAUCCCCAGCCAGACCAGGGCUGAGGUGCUGGCGAACUUAGAACGGACUCAGCGGUCAACUGGGGAAAGGCAGGUGUCAGGACCGAGAGCUGAGUUCUGGAAACUACGGGGUCUCAGAGGAAACAAAAAGAACGAAAAGAACGUCCGUCGGACUCGUGAUGACCUGCUGCAGCUCACUAUUCAAGGCAAAUUCCCGGCCUAUGAGAGAGUCCUGCUCAGAGAAGCUAAUUUCAAACGACCCAUUGUCAUUAUGGGUCCUCUUAAUGAUAUCGCCAUGGAGAAGCUGGCCAGAGAGAUGCCUGAUGAAUAUGAAGUGGCUGACAUGGUUCCUCGCAGUGGAGGGGGAGACGGCGGCUCCACAGUUAUUAAGCUGGACACUGUUAGGAGAAUAGCAGAGAAGGACAAGCACCCCCUUCUGGACAUCACUCCCACUGCAGUGGAAAGGCUGAACUACAUCCAGUACCACCCGAUGGUCCUGUUCUUGGACCCUCACAGCCGCAAGGACGUCAAGGCCAUGAGGCAGAGGUACAACCCAAACUCCAACAAGAGCUCCAGACGCCUUUACUCACAGGCCCUCAAGCUGAGGAAACACUGCAGCCACCUUUUCUCAGCUCGUAUUGACCUGCAGCCCGGCUCCAGUCUUUGGUAUGAGAAUCUAAAGGAUAAGAUCCGCCACCAGCAGUCCAAACCUGUCUGGGUGUCUGAAGUCACGUUGGAGAGUGGUGGAGAACAGGACUUAGAUGCUCUGGACCAAACUCAGUCAGACUACCUCAGUGCUGCCAGUGACCUGGAGGACACUGAUGGAGAGGCCUUCACUGACGGAGAGGCCUACACCGACAAUGAGGACCUGGAGGAGGCUUUCCCCGCUCAGAACAUGGCCAGUCCCCCCAGACACUCCAGGGUAGCCGGAGCUGCCUUAGCCCGAUCAUCUGAGCCUGCCUCUGGGCACCGCAGCCCCACCAUGGACCCUGAGCCUCAAGCCGACACGUAUUCGCUCAGAGAAAUCCCACCGUUGAUGCACGUAACCGAGCCCAGGACAUCCCACCAGGAGAGUUACAGCCCGUCUCACAGCGCUGCUGAGGAGGAAGACCCCUCUCAUCGCAGUUUUACAGACUCAGAUUUCAGUGCCCUUGAUGCAGUUCCGCCAUCCACUCCAUCAGAUGGACCCCCGGACUUUGUAGCCCCCGACCCCUCGACUCGGUACUCUGUGAACGAGCCCUCGUAUGCUGAGGUGCAGCCUGAGAGCCCACAGCAUGCCAGCCUGUCUGCUAUUGAGGGGAAAUUACAACAGGCUCGCUCUGAAGACGCUCAGCCACAGGAACAAGCUGAGGAAAAGAAGGGCCCUCAGUUCAUCGUGCUGGCACAUCAUCACCAAGCAGUCCAGUUCAGGCGCACACAAAUCCGAGGCAGCGACAGCUCCGAUGAUGACGAGGACGAGACGGAUGACAUUGAAUGGGGACCUGCCACAGAACUCUAGAGUUCUGCUGAAGAUUAGCGCUGGAGUACACUGAUCUAAUGAGGGCACGGAAACGAUUUCACUCCUUCAGCAAACGCUUUGCUUCUUGGAUCAUUUUGAACGUUUUUAUGGCAGAAGCAGAGUUUUGUCUGAAGAUGCUGGUUGGCCUUGAUUAAGGGCCUUGUUCAGGUGUGGGAUAUUGAAUAGUCAACAUUACUACAACCUUGUAACAGGUUACCAAAAGGUUUAACAGUGCAAAGAAGGAACGGUUUCAGCAUGAAUGUUAAUAAAUAGCCUCACGUCAAACAAAUCAGUUUGAUUUUGUUACUGCUACUGUAUGAAACAUAUUAACAAGUUCAAGUUUUAUGAAAAAUCAUACUAAAUGAGUCUCUUUUCACAGAAAUAUGCCAGAAUGUUGUGAACUGUGUGGAUGCCUCUUUAACUUUUUCUACAUUAAACUGUUUUCCUGAUUUCUAA